CCUAAUUGUGAUAGUUCCGGAGGGAGGGUGAUAGAACAGCCGGCGCUGGCAACAAGACACGCGGGUUGUUGGGCUUCUGUCCGCCGAAAUUCGGAAUUUCUCGGCUUUAUUUCGCCCAAAUCGUGGACAAGUGGUAGCCCAAGGCCUUCCCUCGCUCUCUUAGUCCCAGGAAACGGAAUAGAACCCGUGACCACCAGAUUGAAUCUCCCGGCAUCGCGGAGAUAGUUCACCACAGACUCGCUCGGUGGGAUUCGAACCAUUGACCUUGGGUGCACCAGACGUAGUUGGAUCGGGUUGAUACCGUAUUUUGGUAAUCGAUCGUCCAGAGACGUGUCCCCGGGAAAGCCGAUCUCUGUUGAAGAUGUCUGCAGCCGAGCAAGCCGGGACGUCUUCAAGUUCUUCCUCCAACUCUUCCCGAAGGCCCAAGGACCAGAGAGACAACAACCUUAAGCUGCUCAAGUCCACCAAGGCGCUGUCCACCAGCGCUAAGAGGAUCCAGAAAGAGCUGGCAGAAAUCACGCUGGACCCGCCGCCCAACUGCAGUGCUGGUCCAAAAGGAGACAACCUGUAUGAAUGGGUGUCCACCAUCCUGGGGCCGCCUGGGUCUGUGUACGAGGGCGGAGUUUUCUUCCUGGACAUCCACUUCUCACAAGACUAUCCCUUCAAACCUCCUAAGGUGACAUUCCGGACUCGUAUCUACCACUGUAACAUCAACAGCCAAGGUGUGAUCUGUCUGGACAUACUGAAGGACAACUGGAGCCCCGCCCUCACCAUCUCCAAAGUCCUGCUGUCCAUCUGCUCACUGCUAACUGACUGCAAUCCAAAUGAUCCUCUAGUUGGAACGAUCGCGACACAGUACACCAACACGAGAGACGAACAUGACAGGAUAGCUCGCCAAUGGACCAAGAGAUACGCCACGUAAUGCAGCGUGCUCCACUCUCCAAGCCUAUCCUUUUUCCUCUUAUAAAAUAAUGGCUGGACUAUGACAGAGUGCUUUACUAACCAAUCUCAAGCCAGACUUUGUAAUGCUUAGAACUCGUGUACAUGUAGUUUAAACUGUGCUAAUGUUGUACAAAAAAACAGUGUCUGUAAAAUCUUUUCGUCUUGUCACUUUAACAUGAUAGUCUUUUAUAUUGUAGACAAUUCUACACAAUGUUUGGACCUUUCUUGCCUUUGGACAACACCAAGUAGUGUCUGAUUUAAAAGUCAUCCUUCCAAAUACUGUGUAGACUUUGUCUCAAUAGUUGCAAUACCAAGUGUUCAGUGAAGUGUGGAACUUCAGUAAGCUUUUGAAGCCUAUUAUAUAUAUGGAGAAAAACAGAAUGGAAUCAGGUAAGCUUAAACAUAACUUUCACAAAACACAAAUGUUUGUAAAUUUAGCUCAAGUUUGUUCAAAGACAAGUGUAAAGAAUGACUUUUUUCACCGAUAACAUUAAUUGAACAACAAAUCCUUAAUGUUUGCAUCAAAACUACAUGUAACUGCAUGCAGGGAAUGUUAUGCCACAACAGCUCAAGUACAGAGAAUUGUAGAAAUGUUUGUUAUAUAAUAGUACAAGCAUGUGUAUCACAUGUCUAAGUAUAGGAUCAUUGUAAGCACUGUGUCUACAUUAGGCUAGAAGUCUGCACAAUAUGGUAAUCUUAACUACACAUAUCACUGCUCAGGACAGGUUCACUUAUAAAGGAGAGAAAAACUUGAUGCAUUAAAAACAUAUAUCUUUAUUGAGAAGAAGUGCUUUGCUACGGGUCAAUACUUUAGUUUAUUACAGCUGGCAAAAAGCUACUACCAUAUGUCAUGUACAUUGUGAGGGUAGAGAAAGUG